UGUAAUAUUUGGGUCAUUUCUUUAGGCGAAGAAGAUGGGUCGAUUGGCAGGCAAAGUUAUUGUGGUGACUGCAGCGGCACAGGGCAUUGGAAGAGCUUCCGUGGAAGCGUUUGCCGCCCAGGGUGCUAUCGUUUACGCAAGUGAUAUAAACCUCGAGAAAUUGAAAGAAAUCGAAAAACCUGGGAGUAUUUUCGUUGCGAAAUUGGACGUCACGAAAAAUGAUGAUAUUUUGGCUUAUGCUGCUACUAUACCCAAAGUGGAUGUUUUAUUCAAUGUGGCUGGAAUGGUUCACCAUGGCACAAUACUUGACUGUGAUGAGGCGUCAUGGGAUUUAUCGAUGUCCGUUAACGUUAAGAGCAUGUUCUUUAUGACCAAGGCAUUCUUACCAAAGAUGAUUGACGCGAAGUGCGGGAAUAUUAUUAAUAUGUCGUCCGUGGCUUCUAGCAAGAUAGGUGUCCCCUUACGAUGUGUAUACCAAACCACCAAAGCUGCCAUAGUGGGUCUUACUAAGUCAGUAGCUACCGACUUUGCAAGCCAAGGUAUCCGAUGUAACUGCAUACAACCUGGUACCAUCGACACACCCUCGCUUAAUGAUAGAAUCAACAAUAAUCCAAAGCAAGACCCAGUUAAGGCUCGUUCUAUGUUUGAAUCUCGAAUGCCAGCUGGAAGGUUCGGACGCGCUGAUGAAGUCGCUCAACUCGCCGUGUACCUUGCAAGUGAUGAGUCAUCAUACGUCACUGGAGGCGAACACGUCAUAGACGGCGGGUGGUCGUUGGUUUAAUGACGUAAUAAUCAACUUUCUUAAUUAUUAUGCAAUAAUCUGUAUCAUUUAACGUCACUCAUAGUAUUAAUCAUUUAAUAAAUAUUAUGUAUAGUA